AUGUAUUUGCUCAAACGCCUGGUCCCAGUUACCGGCGUUGUAGCCGCCGCCCAUUGUUAUUCUGACGAUUCGUCAUCGAAGAGGAAGACUGACGCUUGGAGCGACCCGGCGCGCAAUGGCGAGCGAUCCGACACGGAAUUCGGGAUGGACAUGUUCCCCCGAAAGAAGUGGGACUCGAACUGGGACCAGCGUGAUCCUAAGUGGCUGAUCGAUUCGAAGGUGUUGAAGAGUGCUUCCGAGGAAAAGCAGAAAGAAAUGAUAGCUGAGCAUAAGCCGACGGCCACCCGGAACAUCAUCCUGAUUCGACACGGGCAAUACAAGAUGGAUUCGAAGGACAAGUUUUUGACCGAGCUUGGGCGCGAACAAGCCGCCUUGUUGGGAGAACGGUUGGCUAACAGUGGGAUAAAGUUUACGACCCUCUACAUGUCGACGAUGAAUCGAGCUACGGAGACCGCUGGGAUCAUCUUGGAAAAGCUUCCAUCGGAUUUGCCUCGGAAGAGCGAUGCCCUGAUCGAGGAAGGGCCACCCUACCCCCCAGAGCCCGCUGUUCCACACUGGGUCCCGGCCAAAAACGAGUUCUUCUCGGAGGGGCUUCGCAUUGAGGCGGCUUUCCGCAAGUACUUCCAUCGCGCACCACCACAGCAGAAAGAAGAUUCUACCGAAGUGCUCGUGUGCCAUGCCAAUGUGAUCCGUUACUUUGUUUGCAGAUCUCUAAAGGUCCGAAAACCGCGAAAUAAUGAGGCCAUUUCCAACACUUCUUACUACCUUAAUCGCGUUGUUCGCAAGUCUUCACUUCUACUUGGCAUGGAUUUCACUAACUCGCGGCCCGUUCGUGACACGACAGGAGAGGAUGGAACUGUAGCCCCGACGGAUGGGACGCUAACUUCCGGCAUGAUCGUCGCCAUCCUCCUCGGCUGCCUUUUUCUUUGCGGCGUCGGCGUCGUGGCGCUCUACACGAUAUACCUCAUCUGCAACAAGUCCAAGCCGCCCACGUCGCAGAAAAAGGAGAUCGCCGUCGAAGAAGGGUUACCCGACCCGCCCAGCAAGCAGACGUCCGUCUCGAAGCCACUGUCCGCCAACAACACGGUGCCCGCCCCGCACGAGGACCUCCGACAUCUGAAGGUCCAGAAUCAGAUCGACCCCAAGAAGUUGUCGCGGAUUAUCAAAGCCGUCUACGAGCGCCGCACGGUGCCGUCGACGGAGACGAGCAUCCUAAAAGAUACGACAGGCGGGCGAAGGAAGCCCGAAAUUGUCAAGGUCAUCACUUACGCCACCGAUGACCAGAUCACCUACGUCGACCCGAAGACGAUUGAUGAUCAUUUGACGGACGCGCCGCCUGAGCUCGACCUCGCCUCGCGGCUCCUCGUCCAAAUUUUGCGCCACGGCCCUCGCUCUUUCACCUUCCGAUGCGAGGAUCUGUGCCAGUUAUUGCAGAUGGCUACUGACGUGUUCAAGGCGGAAUCGUCUUUGGUUGAGGUGGCCGUCCCGUGCGUGAUGUACGGCGACAUUCAUGGGCAGUACUCCGACCUGUUCCGCUGGUUCAACUUCAACGGCUGGCCGUACAAGACGCGCUCUGUCUUCCUCGGCGACUUUGUCGAUCGCGGCUCACACGGCGUCGAGGUGCUGGCCCUGAUGGCGGCGCUGAAGGUCGUCUUCCCCACCGGUGUCUACAUGGUGCGCGGCAACCACGAGGAGGAGAUGCUCAACAAGACCUACUCGUUCUACGACGAGGUGAUGACCAGGUUUGGAGAGUCUGGCGCGCCCGUCUACCAGGCCUUCAAGGAGCUGUUCGCCUGGAUGCCGAUGGCCGCCCUCGUCAACAAGCAGAUUCUCGGGGUGCACGGCGGAAUCUCGCCGAAGUUGAGGACGUUGGAUGACAUCAUCGCCAUUGAACGCCCUGUCGACGUGUUCACCGUCGGCUCGCUGGCCUGCGAUCUGGUGUGGUCGGACCCGAACAAUGCGAAGAAUGCAAAAGGCUUCCGCGCGAACCUCGACCGCGAGCCGGUCAACGGCAUCGGCCAGCUGUUCGCCCCGGAUGCCGUCCAGAAGACGUGCGCGAAGCUCGACAUUGACCUCAUCGUCCGCGGCCACCAGUCGCCGAUCAACGGCUACAGCACGUUCGCCGACAAGAAGGUGCUCACCAUCUUCAGCGCGCCGGGGUACCGCGGCACCGAGGCGGAUAGCGUGAACAUGGGGGCCUCGCUGGUCGUCGACGCUAAUAUGGAGAUGACCAUCAAACGAAUCCAAGUCUCGGCUAACUUCCGCAAGAAGCGCAUCGAGGACGAAAAGCUCUACCAGAGCUCGAUUCGCAAAAAUAAGAGCACUUCCCAGGCGUCGGACACAUCGAGAACCCUGAGCGUCGAGAGCCAACGAUCAGCCCGU